AUGGCUUGCCAUUGGUCUCUGCGACUUAACAACUCAUUCUACUUCUCAAAGUCUUUUGGAUCAAAAAGCAAAAGAAGGGUCAAGGCUGAUGCUCCGAACUUUUCAAAAUUGAAUAGGAUGGAACUUGGGAUUUCUUUCUAUUCGAGGAAUAGCCUUUCAAUUGGAUUUGUGUUUGCACGUUAUACUUCCCAUUGCAUUUCUUUGAAGGUGUUAUCAUCCAUGGCUUCUUCUGCUUCUACUGGAGAAAUUAAUGAUGUGAAUGAGGCUGUUGUGAGUAGAGCUGAUAAUAAAAACAUGGAGUUCACUCGAAUAAAUUGCCUUGUGUGGGUACUGCAUGAGUCUGCAACAAGCUUUUCCGAAGCAGUCGAGUCCCUUGAGCUGACAGGAAGCAGUGCAGAGCUUGCAAUGGCUUGGAAUGGGAAGGAUGUCCAUGCAUGGCAUAAACGUUUGGCAUAUCAGGUAGCUAUUUAUGCUUUGCUGAAAACUGCAAUUGAAGUAGAGAUUUUGCUUUCCCAUGAUCGUCACAACAACCCAUCUCCAGUUAAAGAAAUCUUGACCCCAAAGAUAAACAUGCUAGGGGAGUACAUAGAAAAUCAAUUGAACAUGAAAAGCCCAGAAUUAGUAGAGUGGUUUAAAGUGGUGGAAUUGCCUCAUAUAGCAGGUUUUUUUGCUCCCUUGCUGAAACAGUGGUCUAUGGAAUAUGCUGGAAGCGGUGUUGCAGGAAUCAUUGUCGCAAUAAGCUGCUGUGCGGCUGUUGGAAAACUGGGCAGUGGAAGAAUUUCCUGUCCGUUGUUUACAUUGUCACUAGAGGAUGUAUUAGUAGAGCUGAUGGAUCUUUCACAUAGUAUUGUUGAAGUGGACAAAUUACACCAACUAGCGACUGAGGCAGGAUUUGAACUUGAUUUCUUGUACCAUUUUGGUGCAAAGGUUUUGCCAUGCAAUAAAACUGAAGAACUAGAACUGUGGAUUGGGUUGGCGCAGCAAAAACUUUCAUUGGCACUGGACAAAGAAAUUGAGAUAAGAGGCACAGGAACCUCUUCUAAGAGGGCUCAUGCAGAUAGUUUGGCUACUCUGGGGCUCUUUUCAUAUCUGGGAAGAAAGACUAGAUUAUUCUUGUCAAGAAUGGGCAUUAAGGACCUUGAUGAGCUCGUUCUGGACUUCCUCAGUUAUUUGGAGUGCGGCUGCCUUUUUGUUUACCCUGAACUUGCUUCUGUGUCAACAUAUCAAUGUUUCAUGGAGGUUGUAAGUGAUGAAAUAGGUUGGCUUGAUUUUUAUGCUGCAUGCUCUUUUUUGAACAAUCAAGAAAGGGAAAGGUCCAAACAGCACGCAAUUCAAGCUGAGAAAGAGAUAAUUCUAUCUACUGUAUUUACUGUUUGUUAUGAUGUUUUCUCUGGUUUCGCUCACUUCAGCCGUUCGGCUCAGCAGCCCUUAGAUGCAGAAUUGCGAGCUUUCUUGCUCAGAAGUCAGAGCCUGUUAACUAUCUGUCUGGAAGACUACUGGGCAGUUUACGAUAGAUCAUGUGAACCACUAAAAAUUGUAGAAGCAGGUGCCUCUGACCACAUGGUAACUGUAGGGGCAAAGGGAACUGAGAAUUUAUAUGUGACAUUAGAAUCGCAACAGAGACCAGCCAAGUUAAUGUUAAAGGGAUGCCUGACAGCCAAUUCUCGACAAAGCAUUAACCUGAGAAAGGCUAGUUGCUCAGCCCAGACAGAAGCAAUAACCCAUGUGGAAGCCCCCAGCACCACUGCCACCAAAUCAAAUCUUCCACAUGAGAGUUUACUGAGGAAAUACAGUGCCCAAUUGGUAUCUACAAGCUUGGAUUUGUGGAUGGGAACCCAAUUGCUCUAUGUAGACGUCAAUUGUGCUCUGAAGCUACUCUUAAAGCAAUUGCAUGGCCACGAAGUCACAACAAGAGAAAGAAGGAAGUUACAGAGAACGCUAAAUGACAUUGUAACACUUGUCCCAGUUACAAUUCUAAUGUUACUUCCUGUGUCUGCUGUAGGUCAUGCAGCUAUUCUAGCAGCCAUCAAGAAAUAUAUGCCAUUCUUGAUCCCUUCUCCGUACUCCUCUGAGCGACUUGAAGUUGUGAAACAACUAGACAGAACUGAGAAGAUGGAAGUUCAGUCGUGGAGCAACCUUGAAGAUCCAUCCUCUAGAAUACCAUGA